AUGGAUCCCGACAAAGCUACCGAUCAGCAUAUUGAGGUGAUGGAAGAUGCUUCAGAGAAGAAAGCUCCUAGAGAGAGAGUGGAUGUCAUGGGCACUGUGAAAUUGACAGAGGACACAAUUGUCUACAUUCCCGCUCCAACUAGUGACCCUCGAGAUCCUUUGAAUAUGUCUCGAUGGCAGAAGUUUGUAAUUAUCAUUGUGUUGUCGACCUUCUCUACAUUGGGUGUCUCAAUGGUCUCUGGAUUUGGAGGCUUGAUUACCUUCUAUAUCCCCGAAUACAGUGCUGCAGGAAAAGACUAUGCAGACAUUUCUGCCCUAAUGACCUAUCCCACUCUCUUCAUGGGAAUUGGAAAUCUUGUUGGAAUGCCUCUUGCUAUUGCUGUUGGUCGUCGUAUAGUGUUGUUGGUCUCUACGGUGAUACUAGUUGUCGGUGCUGUUCUCUGUGCUACGGCUACAUCAUACAACUGGCAUCUGGCGGCUCGAAUGAUACUUGGACUAUCGGCAGGACAAAGUGAAGCUUUGGUUCCCAUGAUAACACAGGAAGUCUUCUUCUUACAUGAAAGAAGCAAGUAUCUCAUGGUGCAACAGGCAGUUCAGGUUAUGCUGUCUACCAUUUAUUCUCUUUUUGCCAGUCCCAUUGGUGGAGCUAUAACACCGCAAGGCUGGUACGGACUUGGGGCAGGGCUCGCGGGUCUUCAAUGCUUUGUGGCAUUCUUUUUCCUACCAGAGACCAAGUAUACUCGAGAGUUAUCCGCAUAUCAGGAACCUACGAGUACCUCUGAAGAUGAUUUGGAAUCAAGCAAGUCUGGCAAAGCAGGAAUUCUUCUUUGCAAAGAGAAGCCUCCUAUCGACUAUGUGAACUUUGAGAGACGGUCUUGGAAAUCUGAUUUGAGACUUUGGAUCGGAGAGCCUGAAUGGUAUAAGGCAGUGGAAGUGCUCAAGCAAACUUGCGAAUUGCUGUUUUUCCCAAAUGUCCUCUGGGCUCUGUGUCUCAACGGCCUCACCAUUGGCACGAACAUUGCCAUGGCCACAACCUACGGAAACAUCCUCACGGCUGCCCCAUACAACUGGCCAGAUACAAGUACUAGCUACGUUAGUUGUGGACAAAUAAUUGUUGCACUCAUUGCCCUGCCUCUAUUAGGCACAGGGUCGGACAGAUUGGUCCGUUGGCGCGCAGAACGCAAUGGUGGGAUUCACGAACCAGAGACUCGAAUCUUGCCCUUGAUCUUGCCAAUAAUCAUUGGAACAAUCACUUCCGUUCUCUACGGACAGGGCGCCCAGCACCCAGAGAAAUAUCAUUGGUUUAUUUAUGUGUGGUCCAUUGCGGCAUACUAUUUUGCAUUCGUGGGAGCGAACAUCGUGGCUAUCACGUACUUACUUGAUAGCUACCCUGCGCGUGCUGGCCCAAUGUUGAUUAUCAUCUGCGCUUUUAGAGGGUUUAUCUCCUUUGGCACGAGCUAUGGAACUACGCCGUUUGUGGAGAGUCACGGAUACGAUGGCGCAUUUGGUACUUUCGGUGCCCUUACAGCUGUUUUGGGAUUACUUGGUUUACCAGUUUACAUUUGGGGGAAGGAUAUUCGUCAAUUCACUGGCAGAUUUGCGAAAAGUAAGACGGAUUGA